CUGAAAGAGAAAGUAAAAAAGAAAAAAAAACUCAGGGAAGUAACUCCAUUAUCCUGCUUUAUCAUUCAGCGACAGCGCAGCCAUGCUGUUUCCUGACUGUUAGUUCCCAAACGUUUUACAUUUAUCGACUAUCCGACCCGACGCAGGUCAAACCAGACCCCCCGCCGAGUUCAUCUGAGGUCAGACCGGAGGAGGAAAAUGUCCCGCGGCUCGAACGCUGGUUUUGACCGACACAUCACCAUUUUUUCACCAGAGGGCCGACUCUACCAAGUCGAGUAUGCCUUCAAAGCCAUCUCUCAGAGUGGGCUGACAUCUGUCGGAAUCCGAGGGUCGGACAGUGUGGUGGUGGUGACGCAAAAGAAAGUACCGGACAAGCUGCUGGACUCCUCCACUGUGACCAACAUGUUCCAUCUAACCCCUCGUAUCGGCUGUGUGAUGACGGGCCACAACGCGGACAGCCGCUCACAGGUUCACCGGGCCCGAGUGGAGGCCGGAGAAUGGAAAUAUAAGUUUGGCUAUGACAUCACAGCGGACGUGUUGUGUCGCAGACUGGCGGAUAUUUCCCAGGUGUACACACAGAAUGCAGAGAUGAGACCACUAGGCUGCUGUAUGAUCCUGGUGGCGAUGGACCCCCAGCACGGCCCCGUCUUGUAUAAAUGUGACCCGGCAGGAUACUAUUGCGGCUUCAGGGCCACGGCGGUCGGGGCCAAACAGACGGAGGCCAACAGCUACUUAGAGAAGAAACUCAAGAAGAAGCCAGAGUUGAGCCAUGACAGGGCAGUACAGAUGGCCAUAUCUUGUCUGGCCUCUGUGCUGUCGAUGGACUUCAAGGCCACUGAGCUGGAGAUCGGUGUAGUGACCAAAGACAAGCCUAAGUUCAGGACCCUGUCGGAGGCAGAGAUCGAAACCCACCUGGUUGCCAUAGCAGAGCGAGAGUAGAGGCGUCCUCACUGGCAGCAGUCGGUGAUUCUUUAGUAGGGGUGUCAAACUCAUUUUCAUUUUGAGCCGCGUCAAGAUCAUGAGUGUCCUCAAAGGGCUGGUUGUGGCAGAAUGUAUUACUAAAAACUACCCAUAAGCAAACUGUUAAAAUUUGUAAUUUACGUUUUAAAAUGUAACAACUUUUUAAAAAUUUUUCUCACAUUGAUGUAAUUUGAUCUUAUACAAAUGCAAAUAGAUUUUACUUCCCUGAUAAUAUACUUAAACAACUGUUAUCUUAAAGUUCAGUGUACUUAACCUUCUUGAGUCUAGAGAUCGCUGCAGUGGGCCGGCUUUGGAUUGCGAACCUCGAGUUUGACACCUGUGCUUCACGGCAUUUCAUGUUCAAUGCAGCUGCACCGCCGAUCGCAGUCUGAAAACAGCAAACGGCAUCCUUUUCUCUGUGUCAGGAGGAUGGAUCAUGUGCAUCUGAUAAUGAAAUGCUGUUGGAACAGGUUCAAUUCAGCUGACAACUCCAGUGAGGUUUUAAUGAUAAAACCCACUGCAACAAUCCAACAUCUUAUUUGAGACUGUUUCUUUAGACCCUUCUAAAUUCAUCAACCAGGGAACUUAUUCCACCUCUGUAGCAACACUUCAUAAUAAAACAGGCUAGAAAACAGAAUAAUCGGUGUGCUGUCUUAAUUUUAUAUGAGAUCAUUUAAUAGGAAGGUUCAUUAUGAAAGUAAGAAAACUGUUCUUAUGAAUUAAAAAGAUAACUGAUGUUUGUAAGCAUUAAGUACACAUUAAUUCCAGUUAGUUCGUGACAGGAUGUCAUCGAGCUGAACUACUUUAUGCGACCACCAGGUGGCAGUGUUGUGCAUAAAGUCACCUUCACACCCUUUCAUAAUUCCUGUUUACUUGCCUAUUUACAGACCUCUAUUUGGACUCAGGUCAACAUUUAAACUUCUUAUCCUUCUAAAUGUGUAUGUGCUUGUUUAUGUUGCCCCUUUAGGACCUUUUCUGGUGUAAUCUUGUUGCUUCCAAAGCCCGUUCUUAGUGUGGCGGACCACCAGUUUUAGUGUUUGCAUUGAAAUGAGUUUAGGAUUAGGCUUGGGUUAGGUGCACAGGUAACAGUUAGGUUUAGGGCAGGUAUCAGAGUAAGUCUGAUUUAAAUAAUAAGGAAAGGAAAACAAUAAUCUUAUACAUGAACAAAAUCCAGUGACAAAACAAAUGUUGGAAAGCUUUUAUUUAGCUAAAG